CAGACCAUUGUCAAAUUCUUCCCUAGGGAGAAACACACAAAUCCUUCUUUUGGGUAUUCGUCCCUCUCUUCCCAUUUAUCGUCCAUUUUCUUUUACUUUCCUGACGUCCUUCAACUUUCCCUAGUGAAAGAAAGAAAGAUCCAAACAGAUUCCAUUUUUGUCCUGAGAAAAUGAAGAACCAACUGGGUUGCUGCCUCAAGUUCCUUGAGACUUCUAAACCUUACUUUGCCAUGAUCUCUUUACAAUUUGGCUAUGCAGGCAUGAAUAUUAUUACCAAAGUCUCACUCAAUCGAGGCAUGAGCCACUAUGUUCUAGUGGUUUAUCGUCAUGCUUUUGCCACUGCCGUCAUCGCUCCCUUCGCUUUCAUUUUUGAGAGGAGAGGACAGCCGAGGAUUACCUUUCCAAUUUUCCUGCAACUAUUUGUCCUUGCCCUUCUUGGACCUGUGAUAGACCAGAACUUCUACUAUGCUGGGCUCAAAUUUACAUCUCCAACUUUCUCCUGUGCAAUGAGCAACAUGCUUCCUGCCAUGACAUUUGUAAUGGCAGUCAUAUUCAGGAUGGAGAAACUAGACUUAAAGAAGGUGAGAUGCCAAGCAAAAAUGGUGGGGACUGCGGUAACAGUAGCAGGAGCAAUGCUAAUGACCUUAUACAAGGGUCCUAUAUUGGAGAUGUUUUGGUCUAAGCAUGUCCAUCCUCGUAAAUCCUAUGUGACUGAUACUACUGGGACCACUGACAAGGACUGGUUCAAGGGCUCCAUCCUCCUUAUCAUUGCCACGCUUGCUUGGGCUUCCUUGUUUGUUUUGCAAACCAAAGCUUUGGAGACGUACAAGAAGCAUCAGCUCUCUCUAACAUCGAUGAUAUGCUUUAUCGGCACCCUUCAAGCUAUUGCUGUCACCUUUGUGAUGGAACACAAAUCUUCCGUGUGGAGAAUUGGCUGGGACAUGAACCUCCUUGCUGCUGCCUACGCUGGAAUUGUUACAUCAAGCAUUUCAUACUAUGUCCAAGGAUUGGUGAUAAAGAAAAAAGGUCCAGUUUUUGCCACUGCUUUUAGCCCCUUGAUGAUGAUCAUCGUAGCCAUUAUGGGUUCCUUUAUCUUGGCAGAAAAGAUAUACCUUGGAGGUGUGGUUGGUUCAGUCUUGAUAGUAAUAGGGCUUUACUCAGUCCUGUGGGGGAAACACAAGGAGAAGAUGGAGGACUCUGAUGAGGAGAUACCUGAUCCAGUCAAGGGAGUUCAAGGAAAUGGAAAUUCAAUAGCAAUAAUAGCAGAUAUUGAAGCUAAUGAAGUUGAGUUACAAAAAGCAGAAGCCAACAACACAGUGUCUGCAAUGGUCAUUAGCAUGCCUAUGCCCAUGCCAGAGCUUCCAAUUAAGGCCAGCCAAGAACCCAAAGCCUAAGCAGGAGAAGAUUUUAACUAAUGGGAUUAGGCUCUUUUUUUUUUUUUUUUUUUUUUUUUUUGUCUUUUAAAUCUCCCUCCCCCAUUUUGUUAUUAUCUUCUUCUAUUAAAAAAAAAAAGAAGUAAUAUAAAUAGGGAGCCUUUUUUUAAUUUUUCCUCUUUGGGCUGUGUUAUAUGUAUGAUGAUCAAUGUUCCAAGGACAAGUAGUGAUGGAAUUAAAGAGAGCAGCCAAGAAUUUUCAUUUGCAUAAAAA